GGGGCGCCGCGGGGGGUGGAAUGUGUGGUGUCAGUUUGUUUUGAUGGCACUCACUUAAAACAAGGACCCCAUUGUAUAAAUACUCGCAUCUUCCAUGUGAGGUCUUGCAGUGAAACCAGAAGAAACAAAUAGCAAGUGAUUGACUGUUCUUCUAAACGCAAAUGGCAUGUUUAAACAUGUUCAACAACGAUCAACAAGCCCUCUGCACUUCCUUGGGUCCAAGAAUCUCCUUCUCCAGCGACUUCUCCGAUACCCAACAACAAAUCACCAAGCACGACACCAUCUACAGAGAAGCACCGGUCUCGUCGGAUUUCGAGUUCUCCGUCUCCGGCGACUCAAUGAUCACCGCCGAUGAGCUUUUCUUCAAGGGGAAGUUGCUGCCAUUGAAGGAUAACUGUGCGAAGAUGACUCUGAGAGAUGAGCUACUUGUCGAAGAUGAUGGUGAUUAUGAACAUGUGUUGCCGAGACUGCCGAAGAAUUCGUGUCGGUGGAAGGAAAAGUUGGGUCUGAAGAGAAAUCAGAUUUUUCUAAAGAAAUGCAAUGGAAAUGAUAAGAGUUUGGAUAGCAUAGAUGAAGUGAAAGAGCCUGUGUUUGUUCCUCGUGAGGAGAUCUAUGCCGGUGACUUGACAGGAGCUAAAUGCUGAUGAGCAAAGCAAAGGGAGCGCUGCAGAAUAACCAUGAUUUCCCUGGAAUGAGGACCUUUUUGUUUUCGUAUAUUAGCUCUACUGUGUUAAGAGUUUGGUAGGCUUUUGGAUGAAUUUAGAGACAUUAUGAUUUGAUUUUUGCUUUAACUGUUACCCUCCAUCCAUAGCAGCUAGAAGGGUGUGUAAGUAUGUUAAGGUUCAUGAUUUGUACAAAUAUUUGUAGUGCAAAAACUUCUAUGUAAAAGUUAAGAGUGAACUCGGUUGCUACAGAUAGUCCUCACAUGAUCCUCGAACUAGGUUCCAAAUUUCACUCAUCUUUAUGGUGUAAUAAAGUUCUUUCAUAAAAAAUAAAUAAAUUU